UUGCGCAUUCACUGCAUUCAAUGAUUCGCAAGCCAACUUCGCGAGCCAACAUUUUUACAGUUAACGUUUAACAUUUAACGAGUCUCAAGUGAAAACCAAGAGGUAUAAUUAAAUAUUAACCAUUGUGAUAAUCGGCAAUCACAAAUAAUAUCAUUGCCGAUCAUUCAAAAAGUCUUAAUAGUCUAUCAGUCUGUAUUUCUUGUAUGGGCAGUGCCCAUGCUCAUUACUCGCUAUUAGUCACUACUCUCAGCAUUCACUACACUAAAAUUCUACAGUGUUUAUACCAACUAAUAAACUACAGUUUAACAUCGAUUUUUCGCUAUUUCCGUAUCGAAUUAACUACCAAAUCACUGCUCAAGUGAAUUAAUUUUUCACAAAUACGAGUCUUUUUUUUUAUCGGUUCAAUUUGAUGAUAUACAUUUAUAAUUUUGCCUACAUUAUUGUGUAUCUAUAUACUUAUCAAAUUUUGAUUUCGCAAUGGAAAAAAACGGAAACGUUGAACACUUGCAAUAUGAAAAUGGCAACUGCGAUGCCGUUACUACAAACUGUAGCACACAGACAACACAAUUUGAUGGAUUGACCGGAUUACAUCAACCUGGCUGUGACACUGCUGACGCUUUUGGUUCAUUGAGUCGGAAAUGUUUCAAAAAUUUGGUAGGCAGCUGCUUUGGAUUUAAAAGUACACCUCGUCAAGGUUUGGGUAUUAGUUCAACAGAUAAGGAUGCUUGGUAUUACAAUAUGCAUCAUAAGUAUCGUGGAAAAGCUAUAAUCUUUAAUCAUGAAAACUUUCAAAUUAGAGAUCUUAAAUCAAGAGCUGGAACUGGAUUGGAUUGUAUUAAUUUAGAAGCAUCCUUAAAAAAUCUAGGAUUUGAUGUUACACCAUAUGUAGAUUUAACAUUAGAUGAACUGGAUAAAAAACUUGAUUAUUGGGCUAAAGAAGACUAUACAAAUUAUGAUUGCUUCUUAAUGGCAGUACUAUCACAUGGUGAACAAGGCAUUAUUUACGCUAAAGAUGGAGCUUAUAAACCAGAAGAUAAUCUUUGGGGACGUUUUACUGGUGACAAAUGUGUUUCAUUAGCUAGUAAACCAAAGCUAUUUUUUAUACAAGCUUGUCAAGGAGACCGAUUGGAUGGUGGGGUUCAGUUAAGAACGCAAGUGGAUGGUUCUUCUACUUUCAAAAUACCUAUUUAUGCUGAUUUUCUUAUAGCUUAUUCUACAAUUCCUGGUUUCUAUUCUUGGCGCAAUACUCAAAAAGGCUCUUGGUUUAUGCAAGCCCUUUGUGAUGCUUUUGACAGAUAUGGUUAUCAACUAGACCUUUUAACCAUACUGACAUUUGUGAAUCGCCAAGUAGCCAUUGACUAUGAAUCUAAUGUCCCUGGUACUGUUCAAAUGCAUCAGCAGAAACAAAUUCCUUGCAUUACAUCUAUGUUAACCAGAUUAGUAAAAUUUGAAAAAAAGAAUUAAUAUAUAUUAUUCAUUAAUAAAAUUCUUAUAUAAAAUAUAUUUUUGUCAUAU